AUGCCCCCCCUCCACCUCCUGCACCGCCGCCAUGCCAACAACACCACCGAGCUGAACAUCCCAAAGCAGUACAAAUACCCUCCCAUCCUCAGCACUGGGCACAACCAGCAUCUCCAAAGUCUGAUCAGCACUGCUCUCUCGUGGCAGCAAGGUCCCUCCUCCGGGCCGAUCGUGUGGCACAUCGGCCACGCCGCGCCCCGCACACAGCUGGUGACGGACCUCGGUGCCGCCGGGCCGAAGAUGAGGUGGGUGGGGCGGGUGGGGUGGGUACUACACGAGACGAUGGAGGCGAGGUGGGUGGGACAGAGGACGGUCUGGCCGAUGGGUGGGUGGUAAAAAGGGCAAAAAAAGGGGGAAAAAAGGACAAAAAAGGGGGGAAAAAAGGACAUAAAAAAGGGCAUAAAAAGAACCAAAAAAGGACCAAAAAAGGACCAAAAAAGAACCAUAAAAGAUCUGAACAGAGGGGGAUUCGAACCCCCGAAUCUUUCGAUACGUGAAUGCACUAGGCGUUAAUGAUCGACCAGAAGAAUUGUAAGUUCUUGAGUCACGCGCCUUAGACCGCUCGGCCAUCUGUCCGAUUUGAUUGAAUUGGUAAGGGCUAUUGGGGUAUUUGCGGGGGGGAGGAGAUGGUAUUAGUCAGCAGCCACAGCAGCCACAGCAGCCUCAUCGCUAACUCCGUAACCACAUACAACCACAUACAACCAACCGCCACCCAAAUAAA